AUGGAAUGUUCUCGAUGUAAGCAUGAAAUUUCAAUCGAAGAAUAUGUUUCGAUUUUAAAAAAACAUACAGAUAUUAAUUUACCAUUAACAUUUUCGCCUUUUUUUGUUUUAAAAAAUCAUGAAGCAUUUCAUGCUAGAAUUUUAUCUUUGAUAAAUAAGGAAAAAGAUUUAAUUUUUUUCGAUAAAGAUCAUCAUGAAAAAAAUAAAAUGAAUCGACCAGUUCUAAUUCAAUCAUUAACUUUUAAUUAUGAUAAUAAUAAAGAUCAUUUUGAUGAUAGUUAUCGACAAAAUAUUUAUUUAAUUGAAAUGAAAAUGAAUCAUGUUUAUGAAGAUCAGCAAUUAUCAUUAUGGAUUGUAACACGACCUGAAUCAACAAAUAUGAUUGAUGGAACAAUAUAUAUGGCUGUUCGUGAUAAAUUUGAUUUUCAUAUUCGUCUCGUAAUUAGCAAUUGGUCUUAUAUUAUUCCAACGAAUGAAUUUAAAUCAACAGAAAAAUUGUCUCAUAUUUUUGAUGAACUUUUACCUGUUGAUAGUAUGAUUAAAUUAUGUGAUCCACUUUUAACAACAUGUAAUAUCGAUGGUCAACCUACACUUCGUUGUGAUGCACCAAAUACUGAAUUAAUUUUAUCUGAACGACAAAAAAAAUGUUUUGUUCUUGAUAAACUUGAUGAAUUACGUGAUCGUGGUAAUCAAGCAUAUAUUCGUGGUGAUAUUCAAAUAGCUAUUGAUUAUUAUACAUUUGCUAUUAAUCGAAUUAUUGCUAUGGCUGGAAUGGUUAUGUCGAAUAAUAAUGAUUUUGAAAUGAAUUUAUUUCGAAAUGCUUUUCAACGUGAUCUAGCUCGAUUACAUUCAAAUCGUUCAGCAUGUUAUUUACGAGAACAUCUUUAUCCUGGUGCAAAUCUUGAUUCACUUGUUGUAGUAACUGGUCGAUUUUUGAAUCAAACUUAUGAUGAAUUUUUUUUAAAAUGUCUUUAUCGUCUUAUAUGUGCUAAUAUUGGAUUACAAGAAUUUACAUAUGUAUUUGAUGAACUUUUUAAUCUUUCUCAAAAUUCUUCAAUUAAUUUUAAUUUACGUUUAAAACAUACAAUAGAUUUUAAGCAAAUUCAAACAGCUUUACCACGUUUAAAACAUGAAUAUCAACAUGGAGAAUAUGAUUUAAAACAAAUGUUUAAUAAUGAAUCUCUGGAUCAAAUAACUUUUUUUGAUAGUCAUAUGUUUCAUUCUAAUUUUUACAAUGAUUCAUGUAUAAAAAAACGAAAUCAAAAUUUAUAUGCAAAAUGUUGUAUUCCAUCUGGUACUUUACUUCUUGUUCAACAUGCUUUUACUUUUGUUAAAUCAGGUAUUAAUGAUGAACGACGAUUAUUAAAUGGAAUUGAAAAACAUUUAAUUAUGGCAUCAAAUGCUUGGGAAUUUGAUUUAAUUCGUAUUAUACCAUGUAUUAAUGAAUGGUUUAAAAAUGAAACCAAUGCUGAUGAAAAUGAUUAUGAAACUUAUCCAAAAGCAAUACCAUGGUAUUUACUUGUUAAAACUCAAAAACAAAAUCCUUUUCGAUCAAAAUCAUUAGUUGGUUGGUGGCCUCAAGCAUCUCUUUUCAAAGUAGCACUGGAUUCAAAACAACAAGCUAAUUGUCUUUGGCUUAUUUGUGGUAAAGCAAUUUUCAUAUUCAAUUUUAUGCCAAUACAUAAAAAUGAGGAAUUCAUUAUUGCACAUAAUAAUAAAAUAAAUUCAUUUCUCAAAGAAAAUCAAAAACAAUUUACAUUUUUACUUGGUAAAAAAAAUCAGACUAUGAGUUUUGAGAAGUUUCGUCGUACUGGUGAAUUAUCCGAUAUUACAGUGAUCGUAGAUAAAACUGAAUUUAAUCUACAUACAUUUCCAUUAAUUACAAAAAGUGAUUACUUUAAAAAAGCUAUAGAAUCAUCAGCAAAAUCUGUCCCGUAUGUUAUUCAACUAGACGAAAACUUUCCAGGUGGCGCUCAAGUUUUUGAUCAAUUAGCGGAUUAUUUUUAUUCAAUACCAAUAACUAUUGAUCAUAAAAAUAUUAUUCCUCUUCGUUCAGCAGCAUGUUUUAUUGAAUGUGAUGCAUUAGGUACAUUACUUGAUGAACGUUUUGAUAAAAUUCUUUUAAUUGCACGAGCAAAAUAUGAUUUUGGUAUUCCAUUAAUAUUACUUGAACAAUGUAUUGGUGAAUAUCAACAAUGGGCUAAACAAACACAUAUUGUUGAUAAAUGUCUUGAAUCUAUUAUUCAAUCAGUAGCUCGUGGUGUUGGUUUACAAUUAAAUAAAUCUGAUCGUGAAAUAAUUAAUCGUUUACCACUUGAAUGGAUUAUUGAAUUAAUUAAAUUAUGUCCAACAGAAAAUAAAUUUGCUAUUCUUCCCAUUGCUCAACAUUAUGUUUCAGUACAUGUACUUGAUCAAAAUCAAUUUUAUACUUCUACUUCAUCAUCAACAUGUAAUGGACAUGAACAUAAAAAUGGUUUUAUACCUACUACAAAAAAAGACGAUAUACCAAUAGCAACUUACGAUGAACAACGAAACAUACUUGAUCAAGUUGUUAAAACAUUGGGAAGUACAGUUGAACGAUUACCAGUUGUAUGGCUUAAUGCUGCUUAUGAGAGAGCAGUUGAAUUAAGAUGUGAAUGUGAAUCAAUAUUAUCAUCUCAUACAACACAAGCUAUGCUUAAUUCAAAUGAUCUUGAUAAAAAUAUGGAAAAUAUUCCUGAUGAUAUUAUGACAAGUUUAUUAGAGCGUGUUAGUAAAUAUAAAGAACAACAUAUUACAGAUCCACAAUUAUUAUCAAAAUUAUCUGCAUUAAUCGAUUCAUAUGUUGAACAACUUCGUCAACGAGGUACACUUACAAGUGAACAAUUUGUUAAAUUAGCUUCAUGUAUACCAAAAGAACAACGAAAUUCAUAUGAUAGUCUUUUACUUGCACUCGAUGAUAUUCUUAAAAAUGAAAAUUCGACAAAAUUAAGUAGUAAUGAACGAGAAGAACUAUUGAGUCAAAUUGAUUUUGCACGUGUUAAUGAAGAAACAAUUGCUGCAUGUAAAAGUAAUAAACUUAUUCCACAACAAUUAAUUACUGAAGCUGCUUUGGCUCUUUGUGCUAAAUUAAAAAAUCAAUUAGACGAAACUCGAACUCGUUUACGUUUAGCUGAAAAUGAAUUGAUAAAAUAUCGACCGACAUAUACUGGUUCUAAUCAUCGAACGCGUUAUUAUGAUUCACCAUUGUCUAUGCCAACUCGUCCUCGUUCUAAAUAUAUAAAUAAUUAUGAUUUAUCAAGAAGUAGUUCAAUCUAUAAUUACUCAAAAUAUGACACUGAUAGUGAUUUGGAUGGCAUUUUACCAUCGAGAUAUCUUUUAGCAGCUUUAAAUGGUCGAUAUGAUACUCAUUCUACUUAUCGUCACUAA